AGGAAGGCAAGAGAAAGUCAUAUAUUUUCAGAUAUUUAGGGGAGCGAGGAAAGCUUAUGGUGCAACGUUUUCAACUCUUUCUUCCACGCAACUUUCACGUUCUUCAUUUCCUAUAUAUUUUUUCUAUGUUUCCUUUCUAAAUCCUCACACCCAUCUUCCUCGAUUUCCGUGGCUGAACCUGUGCUCCAUGGGGCUGUAUCAUGGAAUGGCUUCGAACUCAAGCUUUGAAAGGGGAAUGGGUGUUUGUUUUAAGGAUAAUUUGUCGACUACACUGAUUGGGCCUGUUCCAGUGCAUUUUGUCAGGAGAAUUCCCAGUUCACGAUGUUUAAGACCACUCUGUUCUUCUGUGCGAAAAGAUUUAUCUGUGGCAGAAUCGAAGCGUAAUGAUCAGGGGACUCUAUCAGUUUCCAUGGAGGAAGAAUUGGACCAUGUCAUUAGAUUCAAGAUGUCUGAUUUCAAGAUUCUCGAUUGUGUCAGCACUGGCCUUGGAGGUCGGGGGGAUGAAAUAGUUUUUGAAGCACUUGUCAAUAAUCGCCUUAGCCCUUUAUACAACACAAAGGUCGUGCUUCGAAGGCUUAAGACUGCUCAGGCUCAGCGUAGAGGAAAACGAGCUAUAGAAGUGUUAAAGAAACUUGCUCGUCGCAGACUGAUGUAUCAUUCCUAUUCGAUGCAAGUUCAUGGCUACAUAUCUUCACUUAUGAGUAAUGGCCACUCCUCGUUCACUCUGGUCCAUGGGCAUCACAGUAGUUUUUCUUUGAGGCAUUGGCUGCAGCAAUCAGACUGGCUUCCCACAUUGGAAGCUACUCUUGCAUUGGAUGAAGAGUCUGUCAGAAAAGUUGGUGAUACUACAACUGGAGGACCUGCAGUUUCACGCCACUCUCGACUCAUUCGAGUAUUGAUGAGGGAUCUCUUGAUUGGAGUUAAUUACUUGCAUAGCCAUGGGCUUGCACAUACUGAGUUGAGGUUGGAAAAUGUUCACAUAAGCCCAGUUGAUAGACAUGUCAAAGUCGGAAUUUUGGGAAAUGCUGCUUACUUUCAUGAAAAUGCUGGAAGUGAUAACGCUCCUGAAAAUAACUUGGAUCGGCGGCAGAUGAUGAUUGCAUUUGACAUGAGAUGUGUGGGGUUCAUGAUGGCAAAGAUGGUUUUGCAGGAACUCAUGGAUCCAUUGAUAUUCACGAAGUUUAAAUCCUUCUUCACAAAGGGCCAUGAUCCUUCAUGCUUGCGUGAAUAUUUAUUGCGAGUCCUUGAACAUAGACUAUCAUCUGGAAAUGUUGGCUUACAAAUACUUGACAGAAAUUGGGGGGCAGGAUGGAAUCUUCUGUCCUUGUUACUUGCAAACAAGCCUUCUAAAAGAAUAAGCUGUUUAGAGGCUCUCAGGCAUCCAUUCCUUUGUGGACCAAGAUGGCGCGUAGCCCCAUCAAAGGAAAUUAUUAGAUGGGGUCUUGGUUCAACUGCAGUUCGAAUUGCAGAGGAAUAUAUUUACAGUCGUCCUCAGCGAAGAAAGCUUUCCCACUUCAUUGAGUUGAUGGAGAUGUUGACUCCUCAUUCAAAACCAAAGCAUUGGCUGGAGGUAAUUCCAGGAAAGUGGCGUUUCUUAUACUCAACAGGGAGGCACAUCGGGCUGACCCUUCGUCAACCUCCUGCUAGAGUUCUUAUUGGAGACGUGUGCUUGACAGUUGCAAGAGACUCUAAAUUAAACAAUCGCCUCUCAUUGACCUCAGACAUCGAGUUCACAGUCAUGAGAGGUCGUAACUGGCCCCAUGAUAAAAUUGGUGUCAACGGUAAACUGGUAGGUUACUCUUCCUCCAGAAUACAAGCUGGAAGAAGAUUGUACCUGAAGGAAGAAAACACCACUUCUCAGCAUGUUCUGGCUCAAAAGUUGUCUAGUCAGAAAUGGAGGAAGGUGAUUCCUUUUGAUGAGCUUCCAUCAAGCCUCCCAGCAGUAAAGCUCGUGCCAGCUGACAUUGAUUUGACAAUGAAGCUCGAUGAUCCACUGAGCGAAGACGUAGACGCUGCAAGAAAUGUAAUUCAGGAAGUCCGGACACAAGUUCCACCAGAACUGUUUGAUUUGUCAAAAUUAAUCUGUGGGACAUAUGUGGACUCCAGGCUUCUGAUUCUUCGUUCAGUAGAUGGAUCUGCCCUCUUGUUUACCAGAUCUUGUCUGGAUGAAAACCAUAGAUGACGGUAGCUUUGAGACAGAUUGUGCAGACCAAUUUCAUUGUAAAGAAUUCAUCGUCAAAUUUACCAAAUAGUAGAUCCAUGUUUGUUUA